AUGGACAUAAGUUGUCCAGAAUGUCGAAAUACAAAAUUUACAAAUCCAAAAAUGAAAUUAAAGGUCAGCAAAUGUGGCCAUUCAUUAUGUGAAAAUUGUGUGGAACUUAAAUUUAGCAAAGGAGUUGGAUAUUGUCCAACAUGUAAAAUUGAAUUAAAAAAAAGUGGCUUUCGAUAUCAAAUAUUUGAAGAUCCAUAUAUAGAACUUGAAACUGAUAUUCGAAAAGCAAUUCUCAAAGAUUUCAAUCGUAAAGAACAAGAUUUUACUUCACCUGAUGCUUAUAACGAUUAUUUAGAAAUGGUCGAAACUUAUAUUUUUAAUCUCACAAAUAAAAUUGAUGUUGAAGAAACUGAACGAAAAAUUCUUGAAUAUAAAGAUGCGAAUAAAGAAGUCAUUACUAAAAAUCGAGGCAAAUUAAGUAAUGAUGAAAUAUAUAUUGAACAUUUAAUUGAACAAGAACGUACAGCUGAAGAAAUGCGUAAACAAAUAUAUGAACAAGAACUUCAAAAAGAACAAGAAGCAAAACAACGUGUUAAAGAUGAUCUUAUGAAAGCAUUACUUCAUUCAGAUGGUAAUGUCAAUCAAAUACUUAAAACAAGUAUUGAAAAUCUUGAAAAAAAA